AUGGCGAACCCACAGCCAGCCGCCACCGCCGCCGUAGCUGUGAAAUUGCCCGAUUUCUGGAAAUCGGAUCCCACUAUGUGGUUCGCCCAGGCCGAGGCGCAAUUCGCGUUGGCCGGCGUAACACAAGACGAGACCAAAUUUCACCACAUCGUUGCCAAAAUUGAUCAGUCGGUGAUCUGUCAUGUCGCGGAUCUCGUCAAGCAGCCACCAGCCAACGAUAAAUACGACGCAAUCAAAACACGAUUGGUCGCACGUUUCGAGCUAUCGCCGCAGUCGAAAUUGGAAAAAUUGUUGGGAGCUUGCGAUCUGGGCGAUUUGCGGCCUACCCACCUGCUGGCUAAGAUGCAGGAGCUGGCAUCCGGGCUAAACGUCGACGAGGCAUUUUUGAAAAUGCUUUUCAUCCAGCGACUGCCAGCGAACAUCCGGCCAGUUUUGAGUAUUAACGACGGUAGCCUGGCCAAAAUCGCCGAGAUGGGGGACAAAAUGGUCGACCUAGUCCCACACGUCGCCGAGGUAAAAGCAAACGCUGCAGCUGCACCGGAAGAGCCGUUCUCCCAAGAAAAUCUUGCGGCACAAAUCGCUGCCCUGACCGCUGAAAUUCGCCGUCUAAAAUCUGGACCGGAAAGAACGCGCUCUCGUUCGGUAUCCCGUCGCCGGAGUGACAACGGAAGUGGCAUCUGCUGGUACCACCGAAAGUACGGUGGCCAAGCUGAGCGGUGCCGUAGUCCAUGUAAGUACCAACAGCCAAAAAACUAG